GAGAGCCGCUGCCGCCGCCGCCGCCGGGGGGUUGGGGGGCGCCGCACGCGACAUGGCCGCAGCGCGCGAGGAGUUACAGAAAGAUUUGGAAGAGGUUAAAGAACUGCUUACGAAAGCCACGAGGAAGCGACUUCGUGAUGUCCUGAUGGCAGAGAAACACAAGCUAGAGCUAGAAAUCAAGAAUCAGCCUCCACCGAAGCCAAAAGAUGCAGCAGAGGAAGAAAAGUCAUCACUGGGAGGGUACACAGUGAAAAUAAACAAUUAUGGUUGGGAUCAGUCAGAUAAGUUUAUUAAGAUUUACAUCUCUCUAAAUGGAGUCCAGAAGCUUCCAGCUGAGAAUGUGCAGGUGAAUUUCACAGAGAGGUCAUUUGAUCUGCUAGUGAAGAAUCUGAAUGGGAAGAAUUACACCAUGACCUUCAACAACCUCCUGAAACCCAUCUCCGUGGAAGGCAGCUCUAGAAAGAUAAAGACAGACACGGUCCUCGUGAUGUGUAGGAAGAAGCGGGAGGAAAAAUGGGAAUGUCUCACUCAAGUGGAAAAAGAAAGCAAAGAGAAAGAGAAGGCUGCCUACGACACCUCAGAUCCUAGUGAAGGGCUUAUGAACCUUUUAAAAAAGAUGUAUGCAGAAGGAGAUGAUGAAAUGAAGCGCACCAUCAACAAGGCCUGGGUUGAAAGCAGAGAAAAGCAAUCCAAAGGCGACAUACCAAUGGAUAUUUGAAAGUACUCUAAGGGCCGCCUUAAUACUGAUCUUCCAUCUGAGACACGCUAUGCUGCAAAGAUCAUUGUUUACAUGACCUUCUUCCAGGCAAAGACAGUCAUUUUCCAUUUCAGGUUGGAGAAAAUAUUUAAAUAAAAUAGCUUAUAAAGCAUUUCCUUCAGUCAAGUGGUUCACCAUUUCCUGAAGAGUGGAGCAUAGGUAUAUCCUUACCCCUCCUUGAAAAAGCAUCUCAGAUGAGUGGAGAGUGUUGUGAAACUGAGAACAGAAUGUAAAAGAAAAGGAAUCCUAAACUAGGAUGGGUUAAGGCCUCUCUCUUGCAAGUGACAGCUGUACCCAUCUGGUUGCUGGGGCUAAUGUCAUGCUCACUACAUGGGGUGUGGUUUUUUGAUUAGAUCUGGGAAAGUAUGUUGAACUGUAAAGCGUGUCACAAAGGGAGAAAUGCUGAAGAAAGUAGAACCACUAUCUCAAGCACUUGAUAGUUGAGCAGAAACAGUAUGUGUUAAUCCUGUGGUAUUAAAAUUUAAUGAUUACUCUCAGAAAUUAAUUACUGGCUGUUUAACCUCUUUUGCAUUUUGAAAAUGAAAACAGCUCUUUGGUGCCUAUGCUAACUGUGGCUCCUUGGGGUGUCUUUGAGGUGGCAUCACUUGCAGGAGGGCAGUGAGCUGCUGAUGCUGGACAGUGAGUUUGCCCUGGCUCUAGCAGUGUACGAGGAAAAAAAGAGACAAGCUCCACUUUCUCCUAUCACCUUUCAAGGGUUUUAAGGUAACAGAGUAAGAAGUAUAUUGAGAUAGCUUAUACUCCAAAAUUUGACUCAACCGGGGGUGAUGGGUUGCUGUCAAUUUGCUGCCUGUGUGCCUUCCAUCUGGUGGUAGCACAGUUUUACUUGGCCUGUUUAUUGCAGCCUCUCAGCCCCACUGCUAGGGAGGGGGACGGAGUAGCCAUUUCCCCUUCAUUGCCCUGCUUUGAAGAAGAGUACAGGGCAAACAUGAGCUUAGCAGCAGGCGUGUUGUUAUUGUUUCCUUCCUGCUUCCUUCUCAUGUGUCUCCCAAGGACAGAUUUGUUUGAUGUUACCUUAUGAAUUAAGGAAGCCAUUACUCUCCUAUUAUGGUCUGGACUAGGACUUACUUGCUACCUUGUUCUUAAAGCAUUGGACCAAGCGCCGCACUACAAGCAGGAGAUAAAUACUAGCACGUUGUAGUUUCUAAUAGGUCCUUUAUCCACUUUGUCUGCUUGUUAAUAUACGUAUAUUAAGUUUGCAUAGCAACAGUAUCUGAACUUGAGGCCAUGUUUUAUUUUCAGUUCGUGUUCACCCUUGUUCAUGGCAGAUUACCACUUUGCCCUGUUGUGCGAUUUCAUUUAUGCUUUUACCCAAAUUACCGUGGUGAACUUACCGUACGGUGGCAAAAAAACUGCUUAAACGAGC